AGGGAGUAAUUGCUUUGUGUAGAGGAGAUGUCGAGAAAAACGGAAUCUAAAUCGGCUACGUCGAGUGUGAUUGCAAGGUUCAUGGGACUUGAUCAACUCCAAUCUCAGCAACCUGUCAAUAAGCAGAGAAAGCUUCAAAGAGUGCUCUCAGAGAAUUAUCUGCGAAAAGCUGCUUCGAUAGGUGCUUGGGAGAAGCGCUCUUCCGGUGAGCGCAGUUCGUUUCGGUUCGGCGUUGAAGAGACAAAGGGGUUCGACGAUGCGUUUGAAGUAAUAGAAUCAGUAGAGAUAGAAAAGGGAAGUGUAGACUUAAGAUCGUCUCCGGAACGAAAGCAUGUCAAAGGGUCAGGAUUUGUGGAUUCUAGAAAGGGUUGUUCUGAAAAUGGUUUCGGGAAUAAGGUGCUUCAGACACUCGAGAAUGGCUUCGUAAAAGAUUCUCGAAGGGAAUUCGGGCAUGAUAGUACUUCUGCUGUUCCUAGAUUUCAUCUGGAAUCAAACAAUGAAAGAUGUCCUUCCUCUAGAAAAAUUGUCAUUUUGAAACCAAAGCCUAUAGAGGCUGAGACCGAUAGUAAACACAAAGGGUUCCUUGGUCACGGAAAAGGAAAUUCGCAUGCUCGAGUUAAGAACUUUUCAAUGGUGUAAAAUCCUCCACGCGUA